AUGAUGCCAACAGUUGUUAUACAGACAACAGAUAAAUCCGUCGAUAAUGACGAUACACAUUCAAAAUAUAAAUUAUAUGGAUGGGGAAAUUUUCGAAUUAGUAGUAUAUUAAGUCGACCUUUAUUUGCUUAUAUUAUAUUAUGUACGUGUAAUUUUGUUCAAAAUUUUUCUGUUAAUGGUGCAAAUAAUGCAGUUAUAUCAACACUUGAACGUGUAUUCUAUUUAAAUAGUGUUCAAUCUGGUCUUUUUUUGGCAUUUUACGAUUUAGCAACAGUAUUUUCAUCACCAUUAGUUGGUUAUUUAGGUAGUCGAUAUUCAUCACCAAUAUUUUUUUCAAUAAAUAUGAUUAUUGUUGGUAUUGGAAAUAUGUUAAUUGCUUCGAGUAAUUUUGUUUAUCAAGAUACAAGAUUUAAUUUAAAUUCUGAAUUGAUAGAGCUUUUAUCAACAGAUUAUGAUCUUCUUUAUCAAUGCUAUAACGAUCCAUUUAAUGAAAAAAAUAUGACAGAUCUAUCAUGUCCAAGACAAGGACAUUUAUCAAGAAAAUCUGAAAAUGCUAAAUUUCUCUUAUAUGUUGGUAAUUUUAUUAAUGGUCUUGGAAGUGUAGCUUUAUUUACAAUUGGUAUUGCUUAUAUUGAACGAAUAUUUCCACGUGACAAAGCAGCUUAUUGUCAAGGAAUUUAUUUUGCUGUCGGUACUGUUGGUGGUGCUCUUGGCAUUGUUAGUACAGGUCGAUUUUUAUUAAUGUAUACAAAACUUACACCUAGAAGACGACUUCCGUCUUGGUUAACACCUAAUCAUCCACUUUGGAUUGGAUGUUGGUGGUUACCUUAUAUUAUUUAUGGUGCAUUAUGUUUUGUUAUUGGAUUAUUUGUAUCUGGCUUACCGAAUUUUGAAAAACCUGGUAAAAAGCAUACGACUGACACGUCUACUUUAGCUUUACCUGCUCAAAAUGAUUCCAAUUUAUCAAUUCCUCAACUUGUUCGAGAAAAUAGUGCAACUAGUAUUUCAAUGCUUAGCUCAUGUCCACAAACACCUGCCUUAAAUAAUGAUUCAUCUGAAUUAAAUUCUGAUUCAAAAAAUCAAUUUGAAAAUACACUUCCGUCUUUGAAACCUCUUAUUAACGAAUAUCGUUUAUCAAAUCGAAAAUUACGUCAAUUGAGUCCACUUGAACACGAUUCAACAACAAAUUUAUCAUUAAACAUGAAAAAUACUAAAGAGAGUUAUAUUAAUCAUGCAUAUUCCAUGGAAUCGGUUUAUAAUCAAAUGCCCAUUACUGAUUCAAUACCAUUGCCAUCAACUACGACUAAUUCAAUAUCACCAGUACCAUCAUCAUCAACAACAACAACAACAACAACAACAACAACUGUCUCAUCAUCUCCUCAAAUACCAAAACGAACAAUAUCUCAGAAUUUGAAACAUAUGUGUUCUGUUAUUGGUGAAUUGAUGAAAAAUACACGAUAUAUUUGUAUUAUUAUUGCAAACUUAUUUGAAGGAAUUUUAAUCAAAGGAUUUGUACCAUUUAUUACAAAAUAUUUUGAAUAUCAGCAUCAAUUAGAUACAUCUACAGCUACAUUAGUGACUGGUGCAAUUGCACUACUAUCAGUUAUUAUUGGUUGUCCACUUGGUGCCUGGUGUUUAAAUAAAUUUGGUUGGACACCUAUGCGAUGUGCACGCAUUUGUGGCAUAGUAUUUACAAUUUCAUCGUUUUUAUUUCUAUUUCUUACAUUCUCAUGUCCGGAACUUAAAUUUGAAUAUUCACCUUGUACAACAAAUAAUACAGCUUGUUGUCAAAAUGUAUAUCGUCCAGUUUGUAUGGUAAAUAAUACUCGUAAAAUGUUUUUAUCACCAUGUCAUUAUGGUUGUACCAAUCAAACAACACUUUCUGAUGACAAUACUAAUUAUUAUUCAUCAUGUAAUUGUGCAGGUGAUUCAACAGUAAGAUUAACUGAAACAGCUUGUCGAUUUCGACGAAUACCUUGUAUUAUGAUCUUUGCUUUGACAAUGACAGGUGCUACACUUGUUGUUUUCUUUACAGCAUUUAUUCAAGUUCCAUUAUUACAAGUACUUCUAUAUAGUGUACCACUUCCAUAUCAAAGUAUGGCACUUGGUCUUCGUCAAACCAUUGUUCGAGUUUUAGGUCAAACAACAGGUCCAUUAUUAUUCGGUUUUGUUUUUGAUCAAUCAUGUUUAGUAUGGCUUACAGAUUGUUAUGGACGACAAACAUGUAAAGUAUAUGACAAUCGUCGAAUGGGUAUAUCCAUGGCUUUAUCAGGUUUUUCAACACGAAUAAUAUCGGGUAUUGCGUGUAUUAUUGUAUUUAUUCAUUGGAAAUCAAAAGUUUCUAAUGAAGUUAUAAUUUCUACAAAUUCAUUGGCAAUAGCUACAAAUAAUUCAAUAGAUAAAAAAGAAAAUGGUGAAGCGACAAAAUUAUAA